AUUACUCACCCCACACUCAUUUGACGAUACUAGAGAUCUCGUCAUUGUAUACAUCAUCUAUUAACUAAAGUUAUCAUUGAGGACAGCCUUUGUCAUUAGUCAGCUGCAGAGAUGGAUAACCAAAGAGAAAACUGUUCAGAACUGAAACCGGUUAUGGACUCAAGGAGAUAUCAAAUGAAAGAUUUACCACCAUCUCCAGAGAAGCUAAUUGCUGGGAUCUUGGGAAUCAUCUGCCUUGUCUUAAUGUACACUGUAGUACAAAUGAUACUCUUUAGUCACUCUACUGUAAUCUUGGAGCGGAAUAAUUCAUCCCUGAUAACAAGGAGCCAGAAAGCACAUCAUUGUCGUCGUUGUCCAGAGGAGUGGUUAACCUAUUCCAACAAUUGCUAUUUCAUUAGUAUUGAAAGAAAAGCAUGGAAUGAGAGUCUGAUGGCCUGUACUUCUAAGAACUCUAAUCUGCUUUAUAUAGAUAAUGAAGAAGAAAUGAAUUUUUUGAACUCCUUGAGUGUUUUUUCAUGGAUUGGACUCUCCCAAAGAACCAAUAAUAAUUCAUGGGUGUGGUCAAAUGGCUCAACUUUCUCUUCCAAACUGUUCCCAAUAUCUUUAGAUAGGGACAAUAACUGUACAUAUUUGAAUUAUCAGAAAAACACACUUUCUUCUGCAUCAUGUUUGGAAAUAAGAAUGUAUGUUUGUAAGCACCAGGCAGUUUAGCUUACCUAAAUUUGAUAUACUGCUCUUUCACCAUCAAUAAGGAGCAUAUUUGUAGUUUCUUCAAAAGCCAUAAAUUAUUUUCUUAGAAUUAUUUAAGAUACUAUAUUUUAGAGCAGGUUUGGGUUCAUAGCAAAAUUAAGAGGAAGGUACAGAGAUUUCCCUUAUCCCUCCUGGCCCCACACAUACAUAGCCUCCCCCAUUAUCAACAUCACUGACCAGAGUGGACAGUUGUUACCAAGGAUGAAUCCACAUUAAUGCAUCAAAAUCACCUAAAGUCCAUAGUUUGCCUGAGGCUUCACUUUUGGAUUUGUAGAAUUAUUUUUAAAUCUUUGUGUAUAUUAAUUUUUAAAAUAUAUACCCAGGUACAUAUUAUCAAUUUCUUAAGCUUUUGCAAUUUAUUAAAAUAAAUCAUGUAUAAAUUGCAAAUAAUAACAUCAAGAACUGUUAUUUCUAUCUUCAGUAAGUUGAGUAAUUCCACUCAUAUUUUCAAAUUAAUUGAUUUAUUCUACCUUACCUGAGGGUGCAAGGUAAGGUGUAUAAGUCACAGUCAAGGAGACAGAAAUCAAAGGAAGAUUUAUGUAAAUAAUUAUUUACUAUUUGUAAGAAAUUACCUACUAAGAGAGGAUAAAAGAAAAUUACAAAGAAUACCUUCAGGUUAAAGGAGAGCACCCAAGGAAGGAGUCACUUUGCAGCCAGAUCUAUUCCCUGAGGAUGGGUUUUAGACAUCACUGAAGACGUUGUGGCUGCAGGCAACUUCAUGGCAGACACGUUCACUGGAGCGCCCUGGAACAGAGUAGUUCCUCAGUCAGCAGGCUGAAAUUGGUGAGGAUGGAUCUCAGUCUGUGACAGGCAAGCAAGAUGACCUCCUUGCCAGAUUGUCAGCAGGCAGAGACUGGAGGGCAGGGAAUUAUGAAUGGGACUGGACACAAAAACUUGCUGGAGAGUGAAUAUCACAGGACUUCCUGCGUGCAUGCAGCUGGCAACCACACUGUAGUAGCCAAAGUAGAGAAAAUUCCAUGAAACCAUGAAGAAGAGCUGUUUCUCCUGCAGUGCCUGUCCAGUGCCUUUUACUGACAAAACUUAACAUCACGCGAGCUGACAAGGGAGAAGAGUUUAUAAGAUAUACUCUAUUAUCUCAAAAAAGGGCAAUGAAGGAUAGAUUUGGAGCUGAGUUUAAUAAAUUAAUUGGCCCUCAAGGUUACUACGCAACAACCGCAAGCUUGCUGUAUAAGAGCCAUUUGGAUCUGCCCAACUUCCUCAGAGAAUGGAACCAACAUCUAUCUUCUGAAUCUGUUUUAGUAUAGCAUUCUCAAUGAUAGAUUCAUAUUUUUGGUGGAAACUGGUAUUUUCAUUGGAUAAUAAUAGUGUUCCUUGAUUUUUUAAUGUUUUCUUUUCCUCUACUGGAUUUCAGAUAUUUUGGAAGGUAUCUUGUUUUAUUGAAUUUUCUAUCUCCCACCUUCUGUCAACGUUUAUUACCAUGCUUAGAAAAAUAGUUUGAGGAAAAAAAUAAAAUGUUAAAUAAUUUUAAAAAUCAAAAGUGUAAAAAUAUUUGUGGGGCUCAGACAAAUAUUCAUUGAGAGAACUCAGAAUAAACUUUAGUUAUUUGACAAUAUUCAGACACAAUUCCGCCAUCAUUCAAUUACAAGAGGGAGAGAUCCUAUACAUGAUGAUCAUUUGCAAAAUAAAUUAACAUUUCAUAUACAUUUAUCUCUUUGAAUAUGGACAUUUUCUUUAGUUCUCUAUAUUUAUUCCCAUAUUCAUAUUGAGAAAAUAUAUAAAUGUUAAAAAUUAAUAUUAUUCAAUAUGUAAAUUGUAGCUAUAUGUAAUUGCUAAAGUUGUGUUAUAAACAAAGCAAGAUGGCAUUGACACUUAAAAAUAAUCAUUUAUUUCUCAUUCUCCCAUUUAUCUUUUGGCUGGGUUUCAGUUGAUGUAGGCUAGGUAUACAUGGGCUAACCUCCAGACCACAGAUUCAGCUCAGAUCCUUUUUAUAUAUAUUAUUCUCAGAACAAUGGGCUACCUUGUACAUGAUCUUCUAUGGCAGAGAUUAGUAGCUUUCAGGGGGCCAAGCAGAAAUGUACUUCUUUAUGCCUGGGUUCAGAACUCAUAAGCCAUCACUUUCCCACUCACAUUGUCUUGUCAAAACAAGUCACAGGGCCAAACCUAUCAUUAAUUCUCUACAAAAUAUACUCUUCUCAUAGUGGUCAGAAGGAGAAAAUGUAAGUUCACUGAAAAAUAAUCUAAUGUACCAUAACAGCUAUGAGGACGUUUUUCCCAUUAUAUUUUGUGAAAUGUUUUUUUGUGAAAGGAAAAUAUUGGGAAAUAGAAAAAAUGUUAAUAUUUUCUUAACUUCUCAUCUAUGUUUUUGUUUCCUUUGUGCCAAAAGUUAUUAUGAGAUAAUUUUGUAUAGUGGUAAUAAUUGUCAUGUAGAUACUUUCACCAGGGUCUUGGAUAAAUGCACAUAUGGGGAGCAAGCAGUAUGGUAUAAAUUUCAAGGACAUGGGCAAUCAAGCCGGAUGAGUGAGCAUAAAUUCUAAUACAGCACAUUCGCCCUGUGGUAAAAAGGACUGUUUUGUUCAUGUCCAAGCUUGUGUGCCAAAGUUACUAAUCUGAAUAUUUUGUUUACUGGUAAUUAAUGUUAUGGAUAAAAUAAGACAUUAACAUUUAAAAAGUGUUGUUCUGCUCUACAUUUUAUGAGUCUCCUCCAUUAAUUACAACCAUUAUUUCUUUGUGGUUCCUCCCAAGACAACACGCAAAAAUUUACAUUUUCUUCCCCCAAAGACUGAAUUGGGUAAUGACCACACACUAAUUGAAUGAAUCCAAUGUUUUUCUCUACCUAAGGUUUAUAUUUUCCUUUUCUAUUUCACUUUUUGUUCCAAACUACAUAUGUUAA